AUGCUCGUCCACUUUGCCGCGUCGGAGGCGGCCUGCCGCGCCGCUUGCUCGGCCCGCGCCGACUGCCGCUUCUUUACAGUGUACCGGGACGCGCAGCGCAGGGGCUCUCGCUCCGCGAGGCUCGUGAGCUUCUGUUCGCUCUGCGCCGCCUGCGACUACACGGACGUCGACUACCACCACCUUCGCGUGAUCGCAGCGCACCGUCACUACCGCAGCCGCGCGAUCGCCUACGCGUCCUUCGUCAAAACGCGCAGCCCGGCCGAGGAGCUCGUGCGGCAGCGCACCGUCACCGCCGCGGCCCUGCACGACAUCCAGGGCGCCUACUCGACCGCGGUGUACGGCGCACCCGGCCGCGUGGACUUGCACGCGCUGCGGGUGGUGUACCUGCGCCUGCUCUCCGACGCGGCGGUGCGCAGCGUGGCGCGGGUGGGCGUGUGCCACAAGACGGCGCGCCCUCCGCGCCAGCCCUUUUACUGGGCGCACGCGGUGAGCGAGCACUCUCCGCUCGACACGCUGUGGGUGCGGCCGGCGCGGCCCGAGCGGCCCUUCCCAAACGGCUCGUGGGUCGAGGUGACGCACUGCCCGUGGGCGGACGAUCGCGACGAGACGACGCACGCCAUGUUCCUCUACUACGCCGCCGGCUCGGGCCUGUCGAUCAACCUCGGCCGCACCCUCGUCGUCCCGCGCGUGCCCGGCAACCGCGACUUUGUCAACGGCGAGGCGCGGACGGAGAUCAUCUGGCUGCGCCGCGCCGAGUGCGAGGCGCUGCGCCCGACCGACGAGGGGGUCAUGUGCGGCCGCCACCCCCACCUCUUCCGCUGCGACGCGAACCGCACCGCGGCCGUCACGUGCGGCGCGCGCAACGGCGACUUCUUCUCGAGGCCCUACCGGCGGCGCGGCCUGCCCGGCCUCAUGCCCCACUUCCUCAACGGCCACCAGCCGCCCCCGGGCGCCUCGCGCGGGGAGCUGCAGGAGGCCAACCGCAGCGCCGCUGCCGGCGUCGGCUUCGACCAGCGGCGCCUCCACACCAAGUGCGCCUCGAGCUGCUUCCCCGAUGCGCUGCCCGGCGGCGGCUGGUCGCGGGAGUCGUUUCGGUGCGCGUCGAUACCGCGGCCGGAGGAGCUCGAGGCGCGCCCGCGCGGCGGUGCUGCGAGGGAGAAGGAGGCGGGCACAAGUUCCAAGGACGCACGAGCGAGCGAGACAGCAGCCAUGACGAUGAUGAUUCAGCGCGUGAACGCCAACUCGCCGGCACAGGCCGUGAAGAGCCGCACACGCGGGCCGACGAUUACGCAGCUGCGUGCCAAGCAGGCCGCUCUUGUGGCCGCAUCCGAGCUCGCGGCUUCGAGUGAUGCCGAGGCGAGUGUGGUAAGGCACUCGCCCGUUGACGAAGCCAAGCGGUGGGCAAGCGGCAAAGGCCGCAAAGUGGGCUUCGCAAAAGCACGUGCCACCUUCCGUGGCGGCGGCACGGGAAUCGCGGCGACGGCGGCGAAGCACGACUCGCUCAUCAAGAUAUGCGCUGGCGCGGUACCGAGCAAAUUGCCCGGGAGACUCCCCUCCGACAAGGAGCACCAAGGAGAGCGGGCGGUGGAGGAGUCUGCGCGGUUGAGGGGGCUGCGCACCGCGCCGCUGCCGACUGCACUCCAGGGAAACCACAAGGAAGAGGGUGUUUGGUGCUCCAUUCCUGCUCCAUUCUGGCAACUCUCGAGUUUCCCUGAGUCUGAGAGCUGGUUUGGGGCAAAAUCUGAGGCGAAACCUAUUGUGCGGCUGCUACAGCUGUGA